AUGGCUCCCUCAGUGGAAUGGACGAACGUUUUCUAUGCUCUCACGGGAACAUGGUUCAUUUAUUUAUUUGUGGGCGCUAUAUACCGGCUAUAUUUCCACCCUUUGGCGAAGUUCCCUGGGCCGAAGGUUGCCGCCUUGACUGGGUGGUAUGAGGCCUAUCAUGAUAUGUACCGCAGGGGGAUGUUCAUAUGGAAGAUUCAAGAGAUGCAUGAUAAAUAUGGCCCCAUUGUCCGAAUCAACCCACAUGAGCUACACAUCCGCGACGCCGACUUUUACGAGGAGCUGUACGCACCUGCUUCAAAGAAGCGCGACAAAUACAAGAACUGGGUGAUACUUUCCGGCACCCCUGACGCAUCCUUCUCGACCGUUUCCCACUCCCACCAUCGUUUGCGACGAAAUGCGCUCAACCCAUUCUUCUCCAAACAAGCAGUCCAGCGUAUGGAACCAUUGAUCACCGAGAAAAUUGAGCGUCUGAGCUCUCGCUUGACUGAUGCAGCUAAAACUCAACGUGUGGUGCGCUUGGAUGCGGCACUUAUGGCUCUUACAAUGGAUAUCAUCUGCCACUACUCGUACGGCGAGAGCUACAAUUAUCUCGCAUUGGAAAACUUCAAGGAGGAAUGGAAAGCGGCCAUGAUUUCUGCAUUGGAAAACGGCAUCUUCCUCCGAAACUUUCCUUGGGCGUUGCCUUUGCUGAAAUCAAUUCCCUACUCCGUUCUUAAGGUGCUUCAACCCAAAGCCGCUUCCCUCGCAGAAUGGGCAAUGCUCGUGAAGAAGAAGGUGGACAUCUUGAUACAAGAACACUCAAUGGGAAAUAAGUCAAGUGGAACGAUCUUUCAAGCCAUGCUUGAUAGCGAUCUACCGCCAGAGGAAAAGUCCGCUGCUCGUCUUAUUGACGAAGGUCAAUCUGUCGUCGGGGCCGGAAGCGAGACUACCGCUAAUACCUUGACCAUUAUUAUGUUUUACUUGUUGGAAAAUAAGAAUCUUUUGCGUAAAUUACGCGAAGAGCUGGCUCCGAUCUCACUAGACGAGACUCCACUUUUGCCGAAGUUGGAGAAACUUCCAUUUUUGACUGCCGUUAUUACCGAAGGUCUCCGAUUAAAUAUUGGUGUUAUGAGUCGAUCGCCUCGCAUUGCUUAUGAGCCUAUUCAAUAUCAGGACUGGGUUAUUCCACCUGGUACCCCGGUCAGUGAAUCAAUUUAUUUCGUACACUGGGAUCCCACAUUAUUCCCCGAGCCGUCAAAGUUCCGUCCUGAGCGAUGGAUAAAAGCCCAAGAGACAGGUGUUCGGCUGGAAAAAUACAUGAUCUGUUUCUCGAGGGGUAGUAGGUCAUGCUUGGGUAUCAAUCUCGCCUACGCGGAACUGUACUUGACCCUAGCCAAAAUCAUACCUCGGUUCGAGAUGGAUCUAUUCGAAACAACCGUUGAGGAUGUGGAACCAGAGCGUGAUUUUUUCGUCGCAGUCCCGAAAUUAGAUUCCAAGGGCGUGCGUGUCAAGGUGGUUGGAGUCAAUUAA